AUCAGAUUGCCAUAACAACAGAUGUCGUCAAAAGCCAAAAGUACAAGGUCAGCCGCAGCCUCCUCCCGCAAUGGCCUGCCUUCAGGAAAGAUUCCCAGACUGCCGCCUAUCAACACCCCUGCCAGCAUGCUAUCCAGCAGCACGAAGGACUAUAGCAAAAGCAAGUUAAUGACAUACCGUCGUUCUAGAGAGAUGCAAAGCUUACUCACUAACGUUCUCUAUGGCAAUGCCGCUAAGGCAUAUGAAGAAAUUGAAGAGAUAAACCGAAAGGCACCUGUGAAGACGGAGCAUCCUUCAUACCCAGACUCGAUGAUGGGUAACGAUCGAAUGUUACGGCAAAAUUACCUCUUUCUGAAAGAAUGCGUAGAAAGCAGCCCGAUAGUUCCAAUGGAAAAGCAUUGGUUCGAGUCGAUAUUAAACCUAGUUCCAGCACACCUAAGAACUGGUAAAGAAAUACAAGAAUAUAUUGAGGAGCUGUUUAAUGAGGUUAAGAAUGACUAUGCUAACAGCAUGAAGAAAGCUAUGGUUCAACAUGUGCUUGUAAAGCCAGAAGUCAAAGGUCUAGAAGGUGUAACAACAGGUCCUGCACCAAGUGAACCAGUUAAUCUUGAUUAUUCAAGCCCAUGGCAUGAUGACUUUGUAGAAGCAGUAGAACAAAUCAAAUUAAAUUUGCAUAUCACACAUCCAUCCAUGCAACACGUGCUCCAGAUCUGCCAGGCGUCGUUGGGCAAGCUCCUUUUAGUGGACUUGUCCGGUGCCAGAGCCCAAGGACCAGUCGAGAUCGAACACUUAAAGAAUGACGCCAUUCUGGAGUGUGAGAAGAUGGAAGAGAAACUAAUGCACAGCUGGUGGCCGGAUGUUCUGAAUGUGUUUGUGAAUAAAAAAGACUUUGUAGAUAUAAUGCCAGAUAGUCUUGAGUCCUUCUAUGCAAGUGUGUCAACUCUUAUAUCCAAUCAGCUGAAAGACCUGAUAGUUCGCUCGAUUGAGGCUUGGGUCAAACUAUUUGAACCUGACAACACCCUCCAGUUACCGAUGUUCAAGAUGGAACUUACAUUUGACAGCGACAAAAUGGAGUUUUAUCCAUACUACUCAGACUUGGAGGAGUGUGUGUUGUUUGUUGUCGAGCAGUUGACGAAGACGAUGCAGAAUGUACCAACAGUUCAGUCUUGGUUGUCAGGCACAAACGAAUUGUCUAGUAUUGAUAUUACCAUAGCCGAUCAUGUGAUCACAUGGGCCAGAAAGACGUUGAAAGAAGCCUGCAAGGCAAAUUUUGAGGGCCCAACAGAAGAGUUGGAUUCAUACAUGGCCAAGUACAACUUCCUGUGCAAUGGAGAGGCGCUGGAUAGAGUGCAAAACUUUCUUUCUGAGGAACACACAUUUGAAGAAUCUUGUGAAAUGAUUGAGGAGUUUCAACAAAUUGCUCGGAAAAUUAUGAAUCUGGAUAGCAUUAUUCGCUUUGAUAUGAUCAGGCUAGAUUGCGAAGAUUUAAAGAAAGGGCUCGCUGACAAAGCACGUGGGUAUGCUUCAAUGCUGCUAGAUCAAGUCGCAAGCAACCACAGGAAAGAAAACGAGAGUAUUUGUCAGGAGUUUGAAUGCAUCAGAGACAGAGCCCUCAAAAUUCCUGAAGACUCAGAGGAAAUGAUCAACAUGAUAGCUUACAUUGAGAAAGCUCGCGUUGAGGGUAUUAAGGGUCUCAAUGAACGCAUACAAGAAACGAAGCGGCGCAUGAACUAUCUACUCGACGUGUACUUCUUCACGCCUGAACAUAUGGAGCUAAACGCUACCGUACUGCUUUGGCCCCGUGAGAUACAGCCUAUAUUUGAUAAAAAUGAUGAGCUUGUUGAUGCCUCAAAGAAGAAAGGCGAGAGUUAUGUCCUCGAACAGAGAGAGAAGUGCAUGUUGGAACUUGAGAAGAUUCGCAAGAGGGUUGCGGAGUUUUCUGAGUACGGUGAAAUGGAUAUGAUGGUGCAGUAUGUUAAUGAUAUACGCGCUGUUCAAAAGAGACUUGCUGAAUCUCAGGAAACCAUUAACUGGGUUAAUAAGGAGGAGGCGCUAUUCAAGUGGGAUCUGACGACAUACCCUGAGAUUGAGGAGAUCACCACAGCAAUUGAACCAUUCAAGAAACUCUUCUCAUUGGUUGUCAAGUGGCAGAGGGCGGACAAGAAAUGGAUGGAUGGUGCUUUCCUUGAACUUGAAUCAGAAUCCAUUCAGGAGGAAGUGGAUGAGUUUGCAAGAGACAUCUACAAGAUAACUAAAGUGUUUGUAAAUCAGAAGAAAAAAGAGGAUGCUGAAAAAGAAAAGAAUGCACCAAAGAAAAAGAAACGAAUAGAUGAUGCCGAACAGAAGGACCAACCUCAAGAGGAAGGUAUGGCAGCCAUCAAAGUUUGCAAGAUUGUUCAAGAUCAGAUUGCUGAGUUUAAGGAUUACAUUCCUACAGUUUCAAUUCUUUGUAAUCCUGGCAUCAGACAAAGACAUUGGGACAAGAUGUCUAGUAUUGCUGGAUUUGAUCUCACACCAGACUCCGGCACUACACUGCGAAAGGUUCUGAAGAAGAAUCUUGGAUCCUUCAUGGAGGAAUUUGAAUCGAUCAGUGCAGGUGCUACCAAGGAAUAUUCAUUGGAAAGAGCAAUGCAGAAGAUGAAUGAAGAGUGGGAAUCAGUGUCCUUCAAUCUGACAACAUACAGAGAUACAGGAAUCAACAUCUUGGCAUCUGUUGAUGACAUCCAAACAAUGCUUGAUGAUCAGAUCGUAAAGACUCAGACAAUGCGAGGUUCACCGUUUAUCAAACCAUUUGAAAGGGAAAUCAAGGAAUGGGAAGAAAGGCUACUCCGAGUACAAGAAACAAUUGAUGAAUGGUUGAAAGUACAAGCUCAGUGGCUGUACCUGGAGCCUAUCUUUAGUUCUGAGGACAUCAUGCAGCAGAUGCCUGAAGAGGGCAGGCUCUUUCAGACUGUGGACCGCAACUGGAAGGACAUCAUGAAGCACACCAGUAAAGACCCCAAAGUACUGAAUGCUACCUCUCUGGGAGGUAUGCUGGAGAAACUACAGGACAGUAAUAAUUUGCUGGAUAGAAUCCUGAAAGGUCUCAAUGCCUACCUGGAAAAGAAGAGAUUGUUCUUCCCAAGAUUCUUUUUCUUAUCGAAUGAUGAAAUGUUGGAGAUCUUGUCAGAGACCAAGGAUCCAACACGAGUCCAGCCUCAUCUUAAGAAGUGCUUUGAAGGCAUAGCAAAGCUGGAGUUCACGCCAUCUCUCGAUAUCCUAUCAAUGUUCAGUAGUGAGGGUGAAAGGGUGAAACUAAGCCAAGUUAUAUCCACCUCAGAAGCCAGAGGUGCCGUAGAGAAGUGGUUACUACAGGUGCAAGACAUCAUGAUGAUCAGUGUCAGAGAUGUCAUAGAGUUGUCUCAUGAGGCAUAUGCUAUAGAGGCAAGAGAAGAUUGGGUCCAAGAAUGGCCAGGCCAAGUUGUACUCUGCAUUUCCCAAAUCUACUGGACAAUUGAAGUUCAUGAGGCCAUUCGAGGAGGACCUCAAGGUCUUCGUGAAUACUACUCCAAACUACAGAGCCAGCUUGCCGAUAUUGUCAAGCUUGUCCGAGGCAAGCUCUCCAAGCAAACGAGAACAACACUAGGUGCACUGGUCACCAUCGAUGUCCAUGCCAGAGAUGUCGUGGAAGAGAUGGCGGACAAGGGAGUAGCGUCAGAGAAUGACUUCAAUUGGCUGGCACAGCUGAGAUACUACUGGCAGUCAGCAAAUGUUGAUGUCUGCAUUAUCAAUGCUACAGUCAAAUAUGCUUAUGAAUAUCUAGGAAACUCUGGCAGAUUGGUUAUCACUCCGCUAACAGACAGAUGCUACCGAACAUUGGUUGGAGCAUACCACUUGAACUUAGGGGGUGCUCCAGAAGGCCCAGCAGGUACAGGCAAAACUGAGACAACCAAAGAUUUGGCAAAGGCCCUAGCAGUGCAAUGUGUUGUGUUCAACUGUUCCGAUGGUCUUGAUUACCUGGCAAUGAGCAAGUUUUUCAAAGGUUUAGCUAGUUCUGGUGCCUGGGCCUGCUUUGAUGAAUUCAAUCGUAUUGAGUUGGAGGUCUUGUCUGUCGUGGCUCAACAGAUUCUGUGUAUCCAGCGAGCUGUGAUGACUCACAUGGAGACCUUCAUUUUUGAAGGAACUGAAUUAGUUCUGAGACCAUCCUGCUUUGUUGCCAUCACGAUGAACCCAGGUUAUGCAGGAAGAUCCGAACUACCUGACAAUCUUAAGGUAUUGUUCCGCACAGUAGCCAUGAUGGUACCAAACUAUGCGAUGAUUGGAGAGAUCAUGCUGUAUUCGUACGGCUUCAUCGAUGCUCGUAACUUGUCAGUGAAGAUUGUCACCACAUACAGUUUGUGUUCCCAGCAGCUGUCCUCACAGUUCCAUUACGACUACGGUAUGAGGGCAGUAAAAGCUGUCCUUGCUGCUGCUGGUAACCUCAAGUUGAAGUUCCCUGAUGAAAAUGAGGACAUUCUGCUGCUGAGGUCAAUUUUGGAUGUGAAUUUGCCCAAGUUCUUGUCUCACGACAUUCCAUUAUUUGAGGGGAUCAUCUCAGAUCUCUUCCCGGGAGUUGUGCUCCCACAAGCAGACUACAAAGUGUUUUUGGAUAAUGUUCGUGAGGUGUGCCAAAAGAACAACCUGCAAACAACCGAAAAUUUCAUGGAGAAGAUUAUUCAGACAUAUGAGAUGAUGAUUGUCAGACAUGGGUUUAUGUUGGUUGGUGGACCCUUCGCUGGCAAGACAAAGGUGCUGCAUACACUGGCAGAAACUCUUACUCUGCUUCACGAACGUGGCCUAAAUUCAGAGGAGAAAGUAAUCUACCGAACGGUUAAUCCAAAAUCGGUAACCAUGGGGCAGCUGUUUGGCCAGUUUGAUCCAGUGUCUCAUGAGUGGACAGAUGGUAUAGUAGCAAAUACGUUCCGUGAGUUUGCGUCCACUGAGACCCCUGACCGUAAGUGGGUGGUAUUUGAUGGGCCGAUUGACACACUGUGGAUUGAGAGUAUGAACACGGUACUGGACGACAACAAGAAGCUGUGCUUGAUGAGCGGCGAGAUCAUCCAAAUGUCGAACACGAUGAGUUUAAUCUUCGAAGCAAUGGAUCUUUCUCAGGCAUCUCCUGCUACUGUGAGUCGCUGUGGCAUGAUCUACUUAGAGCCCAGCAACUUGGGCUGGAGGCCUGUCUUUGAGUCUUGGCUGCAUGACUUACCUGAGGCCUUACAAAAGGAAGUUCCCCUGAUGAGGGGUCUGUUCAACUGGUUGCUAGAGCCUUGCUUAACCUUUAUUAGGAAGAACUGUAAGGAGUAUGUUCCAAGUAUGGUUAAUAACCUAGCACAAUCGUUGAUGCAUUGGGUACGGAUGUUCCUCAAGGAUAAUAUGAAAGAAGGAGCUGAGAACAAAAACCUCAAGAUUUGGAUUGUGAGCACGUUCUUGUUCUCUUUGGUCUGGUCUGUUGGAGCAACUUCCGAUGCUCCUGGUCGCGAAAAGUUUGACAGCUUCCUUCGAGAGUUGAUGUCAGGCAAAGCAGAGGAGCAUCCUUUUCCUGCUGAGCUUGGGGGAAAGAUUGAGGUUCCUUUUCCACCAGAUGGUCUUGUGUAUGACUACAUGUUUGAGUAUAAAGCCAGAGGUCGUUGGGUGCAUUGGAAUGACACAAUCAAGAACUUGUCCAUUCCUGAGGGAAAGAAAGUUCAGGAAAUCAUCGUGCCAACAAUGGAUACAGCUCGCUACACUUAUCUACUGAAUUUGUCCAUUAAAUACCAAAGGGCAAUUAUUUUUAUUGGCCCCACUGGUACAGGUAAGAGUGCCUAUGUGAAGGAUAAAUUGAUGAAUCAUCUCUCGAAAGAUGAUUACCUUCCACUAUUUAUCAACUUCUCAGCUCAGACAUCAGCUGGACAAACACAGGACAUCAUUAUGUCAAAAUUAGACAAGCGACGUAAAGGUAUGUACGGUCCACCUAUGGGAAAGAAGUCAGUCAUAUUUGUUGACGACCUGAACAUGCCAGCUAGAGAGAAGUAUGGAGCUCAGCCUCCAGUUGAGCUGCUCAGGCAGUAUUUUGAUCAUGGUAACUGGUAUGAUAAGAAAGACACAUCAAAGAUAACGUUAGUUGAUCUUCAGUUUGUAUCCGCAAUGGGGCCGCCUGGAGGAGGACGUAAUCCAAUCACACCGCAGUUUCUCCGUCAUUUUAACAUUGUGUCAAUCACGCCUUUCAAUGAUGAGACCAUGUCUCGUAUCUUCUCUUCUAUUGUCAGUUAUUAUCUUAGGGCAAAUGAAUUUCCACCAGAUAUAUUCACUAGUGGUUCGAUGGUUGUUCAGGGUACAAUGGAAGUGUACAAGCAAGCGAUGGAUAACCUAUUACCAACACCAGCUAAAUCACAUUACACAUUCAAUCUGCGCGAUUUUGCUCGUGUCGUGAAUGGUGUGUUGUUAGUAAAGAAGCCGUCAAUAGAAAACAAGAGAACUUUUACUAGGUUGUGGGUACAUGAAGUCUUCCGGGUUUUCUAUGACAGAUUGAUAGAGGAUUCAGAUAGACUGUGGCUUUUCAAUCUUUGUAAAAACCUAGUUAAAGAAGUCUUCAAAGACAACUUUGACACAGUAUUUGAACAUCUGGCGAAGCCGAACUGCGCAGUAGUUGAAGACGACAUGCGUAGCUUGAUGUUUGGCGACUACCUGGUGGCAGAUGCUGAGCCUGAAGACCGCAUCUACCAGGAAGUGAAGUCUGUGGAAGAGUUUAGCUCCAUUGUGGAGUCAUGCCUAGUUGAGUAUAAUCAGAUGCACAAGACUCCAAUGAAUCUAGUUAUAUUCAGAUAUGUUUUGGAACAUCUUUCUCGUAUUUGUCGUGUGUUGAAACAGCCUGGUGGUAAUGCCCUUCUAGUAGGUGUUGGAGGCAGUGGAAGGCAGUCUUUGACAAGGCUGGCUACAUCAAUGUCUGGUUUCAAUCUCUUCCAGCCAGAGAUCUCGAAAAGCUAUGGCAAAAAUGAGUGGAGGGAAGAUUUAAAAACACUGUUAAAGAAUGCUGGUGCCUUUGGAAAGACAACCGUUUUCUUAAUUACUGACACUCAGAUCAAAGAGGAAUCCUUCCUAGAAGACAUUGACAACCUUUUGAAUACUGGUGAGGUCCCAAAUCUGUAUGCUGUGGAUGAAAAACAGGAAUUAAUGGAGGCAGUAAGACCUGUCGCACAAGCCGGCGACAAAAAUGCAGACUUCAGUCCGCUAGCUCUCUUCAAUUUCUUUGUCAACCGAUGUCGUGAAAACCUUCACAUCAUUAUUGCAUUCUCACCGAUUGGAGAUGCCUUCCGUAACAGGCUUCGCCAGUUUCCAUCUCUCAUCAAUUGCUGUACAAUCGAUUGGUUCCAGGCCUGGCCUGCUGAUGCUUUGGAAAGAGUUGCCAUGAAAUUCUUGGAGAAUGUUGAGAUGGAGGACGAGGAAAGAACUGAAGUUGUCUACAUUUGCCAACAUUUUCAUACCAGUGCAAGAAAUCUAUCUGAGAAGUUUUUGAAUGAGCUAAACAGACACAAUUAUGUGACACCAACCUCAUAUCUGGAGCUGAUAUCAGCCUUUAAGACACUCGUCACAAAGAAAAGAGACGAGAUUAUGAAAGCAAAACGACGUUAUGUUACCGGUUUGGACAAGCUGGCUUUUGCAGAAACCCAAGUUGGCUCUAUGCAGAUUGAACUAAAAGAACUCCAGCCUCAGCUGGUUGUUGCUGCGGCAGAGAAUGAAAAGAUGAUGAAAGUGAUUGAAAAAGAGUCUGUUGAAGUCAGUGCCACCAGAGAGGUUGUAGAGAAGGAGGAAGCUGCUGCCAACGAGCAAGCUGCAGAAGCGCAGGCAUUGAAAGAUGAAUGUGAAAGUGAUCUAGCAGAAGCUAUUCCUGCACUAGAGGCUGCACUGGCAGCUCUCAACACACUCAAGCCGGCAGAUAUUUCUGUUGUGAAGACCAUGGUCAAACCUCCUCCUGGUGUGAGGCUGGUCAUGGCUGCUGUGUGCAUCAUGAAAGACAUCAAACCAGAAAAGAUUAAUGAUCCUGCUGGUACCGGUGGCAAGAUACUAGACUACUGGGGACCUUCAAAGAAACUCUUGGGUGAUAUGAACUUCCUCAAUAUGUUGAAGACUUAUGACAAGGAUAAUAUAAGUACUAAUAUUAUGAAGAAGAUUAGAUUGGAGUAUUCGUCCAAUCCUGAAUUUGAUCCGGUGAAAGUAGCAAAAGCCUCCUCAGCUGCUGAAGGUUUGUGCAAGUGGGUGAUGGCAAUGGAGGUAUACGACAGAGUAGCGAAGGUUGUAGCACCAAAGAAAGAGAAGCUUAAGGGAGCUGAGGAAGAACUCACACAGACAAUGGCUAUCUUGAAUGGAAAAAGAGCUGAGUUGAAAGAUGUUGUUGAUCGAUUAGAAACACUCAAGAGUAAUUUCAAAGAGAUGACCGAGAAGAAAGAAAAGCUGGAACAACAGGUUGAUCUUUGCGCAAAGAAACUUGAAAGAGCUGAGAAGCUAAUUGGUGGACUUGGAGGUGAAAAAGACAGGUGGACCGUAGCGGCUGCGACACUGCAGCAUACCUAUGAUAACAUUAUGGGGGAUGUGCUCAUUUCAUCCGGUGUCAUAGCUUACCUUGGAGCGUUCACGUCCGCAUUCAGAGUGCAGUGCACCAAUGACUGGACCAAGAUAUGUCAGGAUAAGAAAAUUCCAUGUUCUGACCAGUUUUCACUGAGCCAGACACUUGGGGAUCCAGUGAAGAUUCGAGCCUGGAACAUCAAUGGUCUACCUACCGACAGUUUCUCUAUUGAUAAUGGUGUCAUAGUGGACAAUGCCAGAAGAUGGCCGUUGAUGAUUGAUCCGCAAGGUCAAGCCAACAAAUGGGUGAAGAAUUCUGAGCGUGACAACAAGUUAUCUGUGAUCAAAUUGACUGAUGGUGACUACAUGAGAACACUGGAAAACUGCAUCCAGUUUGGAACUCCUCUCCUUCUUGAGAAUGUUGCAGAAGAACUUGAUCCAUCAUUAGAACCACUUCUUCUGAAGCAGACAUUUAAACAAGGUGGAGUUGACUGUUUGAGACUCGGUGAGAAUGUUAUUGAAUAUUCCAUGGAUUUCCGGUUCUACAUAACCACCAAGUUGCGUAACCCCCAUUACUUGCCGGAGCUGGCAACGAAGGUGUCUCUGCUCAACUUCAUGAUUACACAGGAUGGUCUGGAGGAUCAACUGCUGGGAAUCGUUGUGGCAAAAGAAAGACCUGAGCUUGAGGAAGAACGUCAAGCACUGAUUGUACAGAGUGCCAGCAACAAGAGACAACUGAAAGAGAUUGAAGACAAGAUCCUUGAGACACUCUCCUCGUCUGAGGGCAACAUCCUCGAAGAUGAGAGUGCCAUCAAGAUUCUGGACUCCUCCAAGAUCCUGUCUGAUGAAAUCUCCAAGAAGCAGAAGAUUGCGGAGGAAACCGAGAAGAAACUGAAUGAAUCCCGCGCUGGAUAUCGACCAAUCGCAAAGCAUUCCAGUAUCCUGUUCUUUUCGAUUGCUGACCUCCCCAACAUUGAUCCUAUGUAUCAGUAUUCCCUCACCUGGUUUGUCAACCUCUACAUAAAUUCCAUUCAUGACAGCAACAAGUCCAAGAUUCUGGAGAAGCGCCUGCGAUAUCUCUCAGAUCAUUUCACUUAUAAUCUGUACGUGAAUGUUUGCCGCUCGCUGUUUGAGAAAGACAAGCUGCUGUUCUCGUUUCUCCUGUGUGCAAACAUUCUGAUUGCUUGUCAAGGAGAAGCUACGGAUAAGAAGGAAAUGGACCAUGAAGAGUUUAUGUUCUUCCUUACUGGUGGCGUUGGUCUUGAGAAUAAACUUGAGAAUCCAGACCCUUCGUGGCUGAUGGACAAGAGCUGGGAUGAGCUGUGCCGUAUGUGUGAUCUACCAGGCUACAAAGGCCUCAGAGAUCAUUUUCAGGAUAAUUUAGAAGACUGGCGUCGACUGUAUGACAGCAAAGAACCCCACCGAGAAACCAUUCCAGGUCCAUUUGCUAAUACACUUACUGACUUCCAGAAGUGCAUUAUCUUGCGGUGUUUGCGACCAGAUAAGGUGGCACCAAUGGUGACAGAUUUUGUGAUUGCCAAGCUUGGGCAGAAAUUUGUCCAGCCUCCACCGUUCGAUUUAGCAAAGAGCUACAUUGACUCACACGCUUGUGCUCCACUGAUCUUUGUCCUGUCACCCGGAGCUGAUCCCAUGGCAGCACUCUUGAAGUUUGCAGGCGAUAAAGGCUUCAGCGGGGAAAAGUUCAACGCUAUAUCUCUUGGCCAGGGACAAGGCCCAGUGGCUGCAAAGUUAAUUGAUGCUGCUGUCAAGGAUGGCACUUGGGUGGUCUUGCAGAACUGUCAUCUGGCUGUCUCCUGGAUGCCAUCAAUGGAAAAGCUUUGUGAGGAGUUUGCUCCAGAGAAUGUGCACCCAGAGUUCAGGUUGUGGUUGACCAGCUACCCAUCGAGCAAGUUUCCAGUGACUGUGCUACAGAAUGGAGUGAAGAUGACAAAUGAACCACCAACAGGUCUGCGGAUGAACUUGAUGCAGUCCUACCUCAAUGAUCCAAUUAGUGAUCCAGAAUUCUUCGCAGGCUGUCCCGGCAAAGAACCGGUCUUUGAGAAGCUGUUGUUUGGCUUGUGCUUUUUCCAUGGCCUGGUGCAGGAGCGAAGAAAGUUUGGCCCAUUAGGAUGGAACAUUCCUUAUGGCUUCAAUGAAUCUGACUUGCGUAUUAGUGUCAGGCAACUACUGAUGUUCGUGAAUGAAUAUAAUGAUGUACCAUUUGAUGCAAUUUCGUACCUGACUGGUGAAUGUAACUACGGAGGACGUGUUACUGAUGAUUGGGAUCGACGAUGCUUACUCACCAUCCUUGCCGAUUUCUACACCCAUGAAAUAGUGGAUGAUCCCAAGUACAAAUUCUCACCUAGUGGCCUUUACUAUGCACCACCAAAAGGAACGCAUGAGGAAUAUGUGGAGUUUAUUAAUUCUUUGCCCCUGGCUCAAAAGCCUGAAGUGUUCGGUAUGCAUGACAACGUGGACAUCUCAAAGUCCCUGCAAGAAACCAGAAUGCUAUUUGAUUCGCUGCUGCUGACACAAGGCAGAGCUGGUGGUGGCGGAGGCAGCAAGACAACUGAUGAGGUGCUGUCUGAGAUUGCUAAGGAUAUCCUAUCAAAGCUUCCUGCCAACUAUGACUUGGAACUGGCACAGAAGAAGUUUCCUGUGGUGUAUGAGGAGAGUAUGAAUACUGUACUGGUACAGGAAAUGGAACGAUUCAACAAGUUGAUGUCUGUUAUUCGUGUGAGUCUUCAAAACCUUCAGAAGGCUAUCAAGGGUUUGGUCGUGAUGUCAGCUGACUUAGAGGCCCUAGCUGGCAAUCUCCUUAUUGGCAAGGUACCUGAAAUGUGGGCCAAGAAUUCAUACCCCAGCCUGAAGCCCCUCGGUAGCUACGUGAAUGACUUCCUAGCCAGGCUGAAGUUCCUGCAGGACUGGUUUGACACGGGCAAACCAUGUGUCUUCUGGUUGUCUGGCUUCUACUUCACCCAAGCCUUCUUGACAGGCACAAGGCAGAACUAUGCUAGAAAGUACACAAUACCAAUCGAUAAAACAGCAUUUGAGUUUGAGGUGUUGCCACGUGAGACGAGUGAUACCGCUCCCGAAGAUGGUGUAUACAUCAACGGUCUUUUUGUAGAUGGUGCCAGAUGGGACCGCAAAAAUGGUGUCUUAGCUGAACAACUUCCAAAGGUGUUGUUUGAUUCCAUGCCAGUUAUUUGGAUCAAGCCAGGUAUCCAAGAGAACUUUAAACCCAAGACAGACUACAAGUGUCCACUGUACAAGACUAGUGAGAGGCGUGGUACCCUAUCCACUACCGGCUUAUCAACUAACUUUGUACUCGCUUUUGAUCUCCCCACUGCUGUUAAUAGCCAACACUGGGUUAAGAGAGGUACGGCCAUGUUGUGUCAGCUAGACGACUAAUAUAUUAUUUUGGGCACUGCUGUAAAAUGUUUUGAAAUAAGGUUGCAAUCCAAAUUAAAUGUUUAAUUUUUUACAUUGAAAAUGGAAGCCUACCAUUUACUAGGAACUAUAACCAAAUAACAUAUAAGCAAGCUAAAAUUAAACAAUGGUUUUCAUCUUCCGUUAAUUCUCUGCAAUAUAUAUUGACAUAUAAACUUUAUUAAUUCCGUCCAAUAAACAUAAACAAUAAUUCCAUCCAAUAAAAUAUAUUUAAUGAAUAAACUGGAUGAUAAUAUAGAUUUGUAUUGGUAAUGUGUAAUAUUACAGAUAUAAACACAUUAAUAUUAUUUUUCUUUUUAUUGUCAUUUUUCAAUUUAAUUAUUAUUAUGUAUUAUUUUCAUAAAAUUAUUAAUAUAACUAUUGUUAUAAUAUUUCUAAUAUAUUAUUAAUA